AAUCAACUAAUAGCCAAUAUCAAGAAAUUGAACAACCAGCUGAGACAAUUUUUAGUGAUGAAGAGAAUGAGCAAUAUCUAGAUGAAGGCGAAAAGACAUUGGAUGAAAAUAACGAUAUGGAUAAAAAUAACGAUACAGAUGAAAAUAACGAUAUGGAUAAAAAUAACGAUAUGGAUGAGAAUAACAAUACAGAUGAGAAUGAUUUUACAGAAUAUUUUUUAAAUAAUUCUGAUGAUAAUAUGGAUGAAAAUGAUAAUAUAUACAAUUGUCCACCAAUUGGUGUCACCAGAUAUAACUUUUAG